AUGACCAGCAACGGCUCCAUCCCUUUCACCAAACUCGCUGCCAGUGAUUGGCAAUCUUGGUUUAUCCCGGCUGAAGCCAUCACACACAAGGCCCAGAACCGCCUUGACGGUGGUGGUUUCGCUGAUGUAUUUGCCGCCAGGCUUGGUAAUAUGGAUGUUGCCGUCAAGCAACUCAGAAUCCAUUUGAAUAACUACGGUAUCGACGUUUUCGAGAGAGAAAUUAGAGUCUGGCAUCGCUUGAAACACGUAAACAUCCUCCCUCUACUCGGUGCCUGUGAUCGUGACGCCCAAGGCACCCCCAUUCCUCCUUUUAUGGUGUCACCCUUGAUGGAAAACGGCUCCAUGCUCGAAUACAUCAAGAAAAACCAGUGUUAUCUCAAUCAAAAGCUCUCCUUCCUUGCACAAUCCGCAGCCGGCAUGAACUACCUCCAUAGUGAAAGAAUUAUUCACGGAGACUUCAAAACCGCAAAUGUCCUUCUAGAUGGCCGACUGAACGCAGUCGUCGCCGACUUUGGAAUGUCACGCACAAAGCGCACAUCUGCAUCCGCUGUCUGGGUCAGGGCAAGCCCCUUUGAAGGUGGAACCCCGGGCUUCAUUGCGCCAGAGAUGCUUGAUCCCAAUGAUCCAGCCGGCGCUUCCAAGAAGACUGAUGUCUAUGCCUUCGCCAUCACCAUGUACGAAGUACUGAACGACGGCAAAGAGAUAUGGGUUACACGAGAUGGACAAAUCAUGCAGAUCUUCCAAAUUGGACUCAUGGUCUGCAAUGGAAGGCGCCCAAAACGCAUCCCUGGAAUCCCCGACGACGUCUGGGCCCUCAUCGAACGCUGCUGGGCACACGAUCCCGCCGAUCGUCCCUCGUUCCCUGAGAUUCUUGCCGUCCUCCAG